AUGGAGAUCCUCCUCCGCCUCCCUCCACAGCCUUCCUCACUCCCCCGUGCCUCCCUCGUCUGCAAGCGCUGGCGCCGCCUCGUUUCCGACCCCGGAUUCUUCCGCCUCUUCCGCGAACACCGCGGUAAGCCCCCACUCCUGGGAUUCUUCUGCUGCCGCUACUUAUGUGGUACAGAGUUCACUCCCAUGAUGGAGCCGCCCAACCGCAUCCCAGCCGCGCGCUUCUCCCUGCCGCUGCCGGAGGAUGGCCACGGGCGGUGGGCGUUCGUCGACUGCCGCCACGGUCUCGCCCUCCUCCUCGACCGAACGCGGCGCAAGUGCCUCGUAUGGGAUCCCACCACGGGCCACCAGCGCCAAGUAGCUUUUCCACCAGGGUUCAUCAGCGAUCAAGAGAAACUCGUCCAAAAUGCCGCGGUGCUGUGCCCUGUCGGCGGCCAUGUCUGUUCAAAGGGAAGCUUCAGGAGGACAUUCAAGCUGGGGCAGAUCACGUUCAGCAGGAGGAGUCUUCAGAGUCUUCUAAGGAUUGAUGCAAGGUCUGGGACAUCUGGUGCAAGGCUGUGA